UUUGAGGUUAAGAAUAAGGAAAAUUUUAAAAAAUCGGUGAAACUUUCCGCUUGGUGUUUUCCAUUAAAAUUAGAAACUAAGAAAUGAUUUGCUCGGUGUCAAGAGUUGCCCGGCUGGCACUUAGAAGAACCACCAUCAAAUCUUCCGGCAAUGUUCUAAAUAGAGCGAAACUCUCACUGGAUAGACAUGGAGGUUGCUUGAAUCACGUGAGAUUUCAACACACAGAGCCCCAACGCACAGACGACGACUAUCAUUCCAUCAUAAAAGACACAGAGAAGCCAAUUGGUGAAAGUACAAAGCAUGAGUUCCAAGCUGAAACCCGAAUGCUGCUUGACAUUGUAGCCAGAUCCUUGUACUCAGAAAAGGAGGUGUUUAUAAGGGAGCUGAUCUCAAACGCUAGUGAUGCUUUGGAGAAGUUCAAAUAUGUGUCCCUGUCCGAGGAUGGGGCCCAAAUCCAGGACAAGGAACGAAUUCUCGAGAUCCAUAUAUCGACGGAUAAGAACGCCAGGACAUUCACCAUCCAGGACACAGGCAUUGGGAUGACCAAAGAAGAACUCACUCAAAACUUGGGAAUCAUCGCGAAAUCUGGAUCAAAGGCCUUCAUUGAACAAGCCAAGGAGAAACCGGCUGCAGGUGACAAUAACAUAAUUGGGCAGUUCGGCGUUGGGUUUUACAGCGCCUUUAUGGUCGCUGACAAAGUAGACGUUUACACUCGGAGCUCUGGAGAAGCACAGGGUUGGAAAUGGACCUCAGAUGGCACUGGAAAUUAUGAAAUCCAACCCGCCGAUGGUGUAGCAAUGGGCACGAAAAUCAUCCUGCACCUGAAAGCCGACUGUAGGGAAUUUUCUGACGAAGACACAAUUAAAAACAUCAUUACGAAAUACAGCAACUUUGUGGGCAGCCCCAUUUACCUCAAUGGGAAAAAGGCCAACAUCGUGCAGCCCUUAUGGAUGCAGGACCCCAAGACUGUCACUCCACACCAACACAUUGACUUUUAUAAGUAUAUUAGCGGCAGCUACGAUGUGCCAAGAUACACGCUACACUAUAAGACUGAUGUGCCGCUGUCCAUAGCGGCUUUGCUGUAUGUGCCUGAAGGAAAACCAGGGCUCUUCGAGAUGUCCAGGGAGAUCGAGUCGGGGGUGGCACUGUAUACGAAAAAGGUUUUAAUCAAGAACAAAACUGACAAUAUUUUACCAAAGUGGUUGCGAUUCGUUAAGGGUGUAGUAGAUUCCGAGGACAUUCCCCUUAACUUAAGCAGGGAGCUGUUGCAGAACAGCAACCUCAUAAAGAAACUGCGCGAUGUGCUCACUGGAAGAAUCAGCAAGUUCCUGCUGGAUCAACUGAAGAAAGAUCAGGCAAACUAUGAAAAGUUCUAUCACGAUUACGGAAUUUUUAUCAAAGAAGGCAUUAUCACAAAUCACAUCCAAACGGAAAAGGAAGACGCCGCAAAAUUGCUGUUGUUUGAAUCCUCGCUUUUGGAGUCUGGCAAAAAAAUUACUUUGUCCGACUACAUGGCAAGAGCCACAGAAGAUCGCAACAUAUUUUACUUGGCAGCCCCCAGCCGAACUUUGGCCGAAUCCUCACCCUACUAUGAGUCCCUCAAAAAGAAAAAGCAGGAGGUUUUGUUCUGUUAUGAGCCUUACGAUGAGCUGGUUUUGAUGCAACUGCAGCAAUUCCAAGGGUAUCGGUUGAUUUCAGUGGAGAAAGACAUGAGAGACGACAAAGCGGCGAAUGAUCUUACAAACCUUGGCGAAGAUAGUUUAAGGCGUAGCGAAAUCAAUGAUCUGGCAGAAUGGAUUAAAGAGAAGUUAUCCGGGAAAGUGACAUCGGUGAAUGCAACCACGCGACUUGAAAGUCAUCCUUGCGUGGUCACUGUGGAGGAAAUGGCUGCUGCAAGGCAUUUUAUAAGGACGCAGAGCCACGGAUUGCCUGAGGAUAGAAGAUAUGCCAUUUUGCAGCCGCAACUUGAAAUAAACCCGAGGCAUCCCAUAAUUAAAAAAUUGUUCAAAUUGAAGAGCAGUGAUCCCGAGCUUGCAGAGCUGCUUGCCAAUCAGUUAUUCGCUAAUUCAAUGGUAGGCGCUGGACUAGUGGAUGAUCCAAGAAUGUUGCUCACAUCUAUGAACGAUUUGCUGGUCAAAGCAUUAGAUAAGCACUGAUUGAUUCUGGACUGUUUUGUAUAUAAAAAUAAAGCUUGUUUAAUGUG